GAGGAGGAGACGAUGAAUUUCAAUCUUACUACCACGGAUCUCAAAUGGCAGGCUCUCCUCGGUGGCUUCAUCGUUUCUCCGCUGCUUCUCCGCCGCCAUGGAUGCUUUCUCAGCAUAACAGCCUCGACCUCUACUUGCACUCUCUCACUAAGUACUGCGAUGAUAUAUUUGAGGUGAAGCUGGAAGAGCUCAUUAAUU